AUGGAGCUCGCGACGCCUGACGAUUGCAACGAUGAGACGUUACUGCAGGCCAUGGAGGCAGCUGUUCCGUAUAAACAAAAGACCGGGAAAUCCACGUUCUGGGUCGAGACUGGGCUGGCUUUGAGCCAGCACUCCAACGACAAAAUCCUCUCUAGUGUGUUCACGGAGAACCAAAAGGCGUCCUGGGCCCAUCUCUUGAGUGACUUUUGGCCGAGGAAGCCACCCGCGAGGGAAUGA